AUGAAGCUAUCAUGUUACACUCCACAUGUUAUUAACAUACCUCAAGAACCAACCUUUUCUUCAGAUAAAGCUCGUUUUUUCCUUCAAAACUGCAACAAUUUCAAACAAUUGAAACAAAUCCACGCUAGAAUCAUCCGUUUUCGUCUCACCCAUGACCAAUUACUCAUCAGAAAGCUUUGUCAAAUUUCAUCUUCGUAUGGUGAAACAAAUUACGCUAGUCUGAUUUUUGAUCAGCUUGAUUCUCCUGAUACUUUUACCUGGAAUGUUAUGAUUAGAGCUUGUAAUACUAGUGGGUCACCCGAAAAAGCGAUUUUUUUGUUUAAGGAGAUGAUGUGUAAGGGUUUUGUAACUGAUAAAUUUACGUACCCUUUUGUGUUAAAUGCUUGUAUUGCUUCUGGGGUUGUUGAUUUUGGUAGAGUAGUGCACGGGGUUUCGAUAAAAAUGGGGUUUUGGAGUGAUGUUUAUGUGCAGAAUAAUAUGAUGAAUCUUUACUUUAAGUGUGGGAGGUAUGUUGUUGAUGAUGGGUGGAAGGUGUUUGAGAAAAUGCGUGUGCGGAAUGUGGUUUCUUGGACGACUGUGAUUGCUGGGCUUGUUGGUUGUGGGAAAUUGGAUACUGCGAGGGAGGUUUUUGAGAAGAUGGGUUGUAAGAAUGUGGUUUCGUGGACUGCGAUGAUUGAUGGGUAUGUGAAAUAUGGUAACCCGAUUAUGGCGUUUGAUUUGUUUGAAAGGAUGCUGCUUGAUAAUGUGAGGCCUAAUGAGUUUACUUUGGUGAGCUUGAUUAAAGCUUGUACUGAUUUGGGGAGUCUCAAAUUGGGUCGGCGGAUGCAUGAUUUUGCUAUGAAGAAUGGUUUUGAGGUUGGACCUUUCUUGGGUACUGCUCUUAUUGAUAUGUAUAGCAAAUGUGGUAGUUUAGAUGAUGCUGUUAGAGUGUUUGGUUUGAUGCAAGUGAGAAACUUGGCUACUUGGAAUACAAUGAUUACGAGCUUCGGUGUGCAUGGAUUUAGGGAUGAAGUGCUAGAUCUUUUUGAAGAAAUGGAGAGGGUUAAUGUAGUUCCUGAUGCUAUCACUUUUGUAGGUGUUUUGAGUGCUUGUGUUCAAAUGAAUGUUCUGGAAGAAGGGUAUAAGUAUUUCAGUCUCAUGACAGAGCAUUAUGGUAUAACACCUAUCUUUGAACAUUAUACAUGCAUAGUUGAACUCUAUGUUCGUGCCAAUGAGUUGAAUGAGAUUUGCACAUUAGGGAAGACAAUGUCAUUGUCAAAGAAAGCAAGUCAUAAUGUUGCAGAGUUGCUUCAAGAGAGCAAACUCACUAGUAUUGAUGACAUAGAGAAACUCAUACACAAGCAUUACAGGGAUUCGGGUUUAUCAGAAUUAGUUUUAGAUCAUUCUGCAACUCCCACCCAGCCAUAUUUCAACCGUCCAUAUUUGACUUCACUAGUUUGA